UGAAUUGUGAUAAACGUGGACAAAAGAACUCCACAAGCUCCUUCAUUUCCAGAUUUGUUUGAAUUGUGAUAGGACCCGACUUGAAAACCAUGCCCACAAAAUCAACCCACCAAUGGCCCGUCUCAAUUCUCACUUUCUCUUCCAUACUAGCUAUUUCCCUUCCUCCUUCACCACCAUUACCGCACACCACCGCCUCCACGUCACUAGAUCCUACGUGGCAUCAAUGUCAGAAACGGGUACCCGACAGGCUAUUCAAGUUCAUCCGUCACUCGAAGUUCUUGGAGGUGGUCGCAACAAGUUUUUACCCGCUUUGAAGAAGUAUCUGGAGGACCCAUACAACCCGUUUCCUCUAAUCGGGUCUAACCGACAUGUUGAGACCAUAUUUGCUGCGUUUUAUCGGUCUCUUCCAGAAGUUAAGUAUAAGCGAGAAUGUUUAAGAACUAAAGAUGAUGGUGCUGUUGCUCUUGAUUGGGUUGCUGGCGAUCAUUCUACACUCCCUCCUCUUUCCUCAAUCUUAAUUUUGCUGCCAGGACUUACAGGAGGCAGUGGUGAUACUUAUGUAAGACAUAUGUUGAUUAGGGCCAGGCAGCUCGGCUGGAGAGUGGUCGUCUUCAACAGUCGUGGCUGUGCUAACAGCCCCGUUACUACACCUCAGUUCUAUUCAGCUUCUUUCACUGGGGAUCUUUCAGAAGUUAUUGCACAUGUCAGUGGGAGAUAUCCUAAAGCCAACUUAUAUGCUGUUGGCUGGUCUCUUGGAGCUAAUAUUCUUGUACGUUACCUAGGUGAGCGUCCAUGGGAGAAUGUAGAGUUUCUCGAAGGGCAAUAUGAAUCCCAUAAUUGCUGCCUUGCUGGAGCUGUGUCCCUGUGUAACCCGUUCAAUCUGCCAAUUGCAGAUGAGAACUUUCACAAGGGCUUUAAUAAUAUUUAUGAUAAAGCACUAGCGAACAGCCUUCGGAAAAUAUUCAAGCAGCAUGUCACUCUCUUUGAAGACAUUGGUGGAGAGUAUAACAUACCAAUGGCUGCAAAUUGCAAGACUGUAAAGGAGUUUGAUGAAGCCCUGACUCGAGUAUCUUUUGGGUUCAAAUCAGCUGAUGACUACUAUUCACAUUCAAGUAGUUCAGAUUCAGUUAAACAUGUUUGUGUUCCAUUGCUUUGUAUACAGGCUGCUAAUGAUCCCAUUGCUCCAGCUUCUGGUAUACCUAGCAAAGACAUUGAGGAAAAUGACAACUGUCUAUUAGUUGUAACCCCAAAGGGCGGUCAUUUGGGGUGGGUUGCAGGGAAGGAAGCACCAUUCGGAGCACCAUGGACAGAUCCAUGCGUGAUGGACUUUUUACAGCAUCUGGAAAAAAGAUCAUCCGGAGCUUCAUUGUCGUCUAGCCAAUUAAACGGAGCCCCAACAUAUAAUGAGGAAAUGCUUGCUGCAGAAGUGUAGCUGAUUGUGCAUAACUCUUAUAAUAUCCAUCAUUCCAAUUGUUUGGAUGCCUCAAAAUGUAGAUAGUCCAAUUCUUAGCUGAAACUUCUCUCGGGAAACUCCAUAGAAGCCUACAAUUGAUUGUAUUCUUAGCUUAAAAUGAAACAUCAAAUACCAUUAAAUACCAAAUUAUAUAUGUAUUUCUAUUUGAAAUGUGUUUCUCUUCCAAACAAAGUAAAAUCAUUUCUGCA